GCCAACGCUCCCACUCACAAUCUUAACACACGCACACACGAACACAAAAUCAUUAAUAGGAGCCCAGUCCCUGGUGCAGAACACAGCUUGUACUUUGCGGAACCUUCGCGUUUUUAACGACACAUGUACAGUAGGCACCAGUACACAAAUAGGUUGGCCUGAGACAGGUAGUGCGUUAUGAGCAUGAUCAGCUACUCGUUUCUUUACACUAUAAACCUUUCAGCGGACUACUACGUGACCAUGCUGCAGUUUUCAGCCACCGUGAGCUUCAUGCGAGCCCCCCAGUGAAAGUGUCUAAAGUAUAUUCAAGGGGCCUGACCUUUCCUGUAAAACAAAGCCCUAAAUGAAACAAUCUCCAUAGCGCUUUCCGAUUGCAGCACUUCUCAAAAUUCAAAGCUCGUUCAAGCCAACUGGAUGAGGGUUACGUUCCCAGCUAUAUCUUGGACAAUGGUGCCAUUGUCUGGAACUUGUAGUUUUACCAUUGUCGUUUGGCCUUUACAACUGUGAUUAACUCAGGUAUGAAAAACUACAACCUAAACACUACAUGCAUGCGCAGUAAUGCCCGGCUGAUCAGGAAGGCAGUGGUAUAUUUUGUAGUUAAUAAAACAUGUUGCAGUAAUUGAUAUAUAGUAAGACGUAUCUAGCUUACUGAAUAAUACAAACCAUUUCAAAGGCAUAUUUUCGCCCAGCCUCUCGGGACGUGAAACACGUUCAAACCACGUCGGCAAAGCAUACUAUUGAAGCUGUGACUAACGUUACGAUAGGCUGAAGUUGGGCAGCUCUCGAAGCUCUUGUGGCUAGCUUGGAGAGUAGGCGAAGCCACUUUCAAUGUUGGAUAGCCUCAACUGCUUAACUAAAAACUUAUUAAAAAAAAAAACAGAUGCAAAGCUUAGCUUACCUAGCGUGGUCUUCUCACUUCGAAAGAACUUAUAUCCCUUCAGGAAGAGUCACAAUCUAUUUGAGAAAGAUUCAUUUCCCGAUAGUCGACAGACCCGUUUCUAUGGCGCUCGAGACGUUGCCAAGAAUGCUCCCUCCGAUCACACAGUCCAACCGAAACCACGGUGCCUGGCUCGCACAAGAUCUCCAGCCGCACUGCGCCUGUGCGAGCAUGCCUGCUGCACUACCAAUAGUAAAACAUAGAUGGCGCUUCUAAUGGCAAGUAAUACAGGAAUGAAAAAUGAAGACAUAAUAAAUAAUAAAAAAUUGGAUGACACAAGGAGCAGGAGGAGAGAGGCCUUGAUGUAGACGAAGGUGAUGAAGAUGUCACUGUGUACCUGGACGCCAUCCCCACCAUGCGGUAUCAUUAUUCCUGUGGGCAGAACUUCAUCCAGUGCCUGACCACCUACUCAGACCGUGGUGUUGUGGGCUUCCAGUGGGGGCAUACCAUGUCCACACACAGAAUGGAGGUGUGGACAGAGAACUUCAAAGGGGACUUCAGCCACACUCAAAGCCUGCCCCUGGAUAGUGGGUUCAGGGUAGAGCACCUGGUGUCCGUGCCCAGCCACAGGGUGUUCGUGGGGGCCUGCAAUGACCUUUCUCUCAGGAUGUUCUCAGACCCCAACCAGGGAAUGUCUGUGCAGUACCAAGUCAUCUGUCCAGGCUCCGUGUUCUGCAUGCACUACUGUAGAGAGACUGGGCAGCUACUCACUGGUGGCAUGGGCAUCAUCACCUUCUGGGGCUUCUGGAUCAGUACACAGAUCCCUCUUGGUCUUCUGCGUGUGAUGGAUUGGACCAGCAGCUCGCUGCGUAGAGACAGCACUGUCAGCGCCCUGCUGACGGAGAGUCAGACACUCUAUGCCCUCUGCGACCGCAGCAUCAAGAGCUUCGACCACGCUGGCAGCCAGGAGUACAGGGAGUUCAGGGGGCGGGGCCAGAGCACACUGCGUUGCGUGUCUCCAGACUGGGUCCAGAGGUACAUCUACACGGGGGACAUAACGGGAUUUGUGCAGGUGUGGAGCCGGGACACCAGGUGCUUGCUGCAGGAGUUCAGGGCCCACACCCGCUCGGUGUCCACCCUCCUGCUGCGUCCCAACACCCACACCCUCCUCACUUCCUCCCCAGACGGCUGGCUGAAAGAGUGGAGCAGCAGCGGCAAUCUCCUCCUCAAGCUCUUCCUGGAUGAACCAGGAGGAGUCCGUAACCUCUGGCCCCUUGGAGAGCAUGACAUACUCUGCCAGGCGCUAUCCUCCUUCUCCGUGUGGCACCUGCAGAACCUUUACCGACUGUUCAACGAGCCAGGCUGUGGAAUGCAGGUGCUGAGGAGGGUGGAGGGCGGCCGGGGGAGAGCCCAGCUCCUGGCCGUGUCCCAGGACAGCAUCGUCAGGCUCAUCUCCCCCAUCAGCGGGGAGCUGCUCCUGAUCUCCUGGCCCUUCCUCCUCCUAGACAAAGCGCUCACCUAUGCCUACAACCCCGGUCGCAAGGAACUGUUUGUGGCCAGCGGUUUGCCUGAGGUCCUAGUAAUGGACCUGACCCUCUGCCCCAGCCCUGCCAAGCACCUCGUCUGUACCUCCAAGAACAAGGACCAGGACGACAGCGUGAUGUGUGUGGAGGCAGUGCUGUUGGGUGGAACAGGUCUGGGCACUGCAGAGCCUCCAUCCUGUCUGGUUUUCAGUGGUCACCUUAACGGGAUGCUCCAGUUGUUAUCUCCUCACAGGUUGCUCUGCCCGGCCAUCAAGGCCCAUGCUGGGGCCAUCCUGCAGAUGAGCAGCUUGGCUGGCCUCCGACCUCAGCUGUGCUGCUACGGCUCAGACAAACAGCUCAGUAUCUGGGAGGUGGGGUUGAGGGAGAGCCUUGUGGAGGUGACCCCCUGGGCCAGAGUCUCCUCCACCUCCGGAGUGGUCUUCUUGCGUCUCUUCUCAGGCCUGGUCUUCGCCGUGACCCCCAACUACAGCCUGCUUUUCUUUUCCCUCCCCGAAGGGAGGUGCCUGAGGAUGGAGAGGAACCCCCCCAGCACCAUCUCCUGCCUGGACGGCUGCCCUUCCCUGGGAUUGGUGGCGCUGGCAGGACCCCUAGGGAUUGUGGAGGUGUGGGAGACCAGGGGCACCCAGCAGGUGGAGAUGCGUCUGGGGACGGCCAUCAGCCAGGUGUGCUUUGCCAACGCCCGCGGAGACCUCUUAGUGUGUCUUGGGGACUGCAUCUGCAUCAUUUUCGGCCAGCGCUAUCUGCCCGCCAGGCUUGUCAGGCAGGUGCUCCUCCUGGCCCCUGUGGAUGACCUCCUAGAGGACCCCACUCCUUUCCUGCCACGCUCUCAGAGCUGCUACGACCUGGCUGCCGUGCCCAGGCUGGUCCUGAUGCAUGGCGAGGCCUCGCCAGACCUAGGGCAGGCUCCAAUGGAGUACUAUGAGGUGGUGGCCGACUCGGAGCUGGACGACUCGGAGCUGAACAAUGUGGAGCUGGCAAGGCCAGGCACAGGAAGGAAAGCCAGCCUACAGGAAGUACUGGCCAAGGACAGGAUGAGAAAGUCUCAGGCGCGGGUGUUGACUCUGUUAAGUGCAAACAGAGAAAAGCCAAGGCCCUGGCCUUUUGCUCUGCCUUUGGUCAAAACAAUGGAAGAAGAGGAAGUGAAUCUGAAGGAUGAGUCAAUGGCGGAAGAGCCAGGAGACUAUGACUCCUCCCUGCCCCCUAUGGAGUCCCUCCACUUUGAUAUCUUGCUCCAGAACUGGCCCAUCGCACCCGAUGGCUACCUCCCCAACUCCAUCAUCCGCAGCUGGAUGCCUGGCCAGGAGCAACCCAAGCCCCAGGGGCCCAAGGACAUCCUUGCCCUAGAGAGAACCUUCCCGCUGGAGGACGAGGAACCAGAAACAGAGGUCACUGUCAUCAUGGCUACAGCCAAAGCUGCCCGGCUCCGCAAGCCCGUCCCUCCAACGCCAUCUCCCGACUCCUCCCUGGAGGAUGUGCCCCAAGAGGACGACAGCUGCGACCUGCUGAAGAGCAUUGCAGAGAGCCCAUGGUUGAUAGCGAGGCCUGAUGUAGACCUGGCCAUGGUGAUAAAUGCCUUGCUGCGCACCAUGGAUGGGAUGGACUGCGUGGUGUAUGAUAAGUGUAUGGAGGCCUUGCUCAGGCUUUUCAAGGCAUACCCCAUCCCGCCCGAGAUCGUAGAGAAACUCUCCCUGACCCUGUUCAAGCACAUGCAGAAUGGGAACCCCCUCUGGAAACGCCUGCAGGCCAUGAAGAAUCUGGCCAAUCUGGAACUGUUACAGGACAAGGACCUUUUCAAAUUGGCAGAGGUUCUCUUGGACGAGGUAGUUGACCUGAGGAACAUGGCAAGGGAUAUCCUGUCCCGGUUCUUCCACAUAGACAACAUGACUGCCCUGUUCCCUAGACUGCAGUUGGACACUGGACAUAAACUUCUCAAUCACCUGAAGAGGACCCUGACAGAGGAGCUGGAUCUGAAACCAGUCACCCUUCAGAUACCCAGAACACUCUCCAUAGUGCAGAUUGAACCCAAGAAAGUUUCUCUCGUUCAGCUGAUUGCCCCACCGGCACCUUAUUCAGACAGCCUAAAGCAAGCCCCCUCAGACUGCAAAGUGGGGAUCCCUGACUUGCCCCUGACUUGGCCUACGCAGAAGCCCCGACCGGCCCCCGAGCCCUGUAAGCCCUGCAAGCCCAGCCCACCAUGUGACGACCACCCUCAACACCGACCAACCCCCCCACGCAAACACAAGACGUUCCGCAAGUUCACCCUGUCCACUGUCAGGAAGUCUGCCGUCACAGAAAUCCAGGAAGUGGAUGAAGACCUGACCCUCAUUGAGGUCUACAGGACAACUAAGAUCCACGGGGGUGUUAAGAUGUCCCGCCCCUGCAUGCCUCCCUCUGCAGCCUCCACUUCCAGUUCCAGGAAUUUACGUCUGGAACCUAUCAAGGGCGGGAGAGACCCCAACUGGAGAAAGAGCCUCAACAAGCUUGUCUCUCUUUAUGGCUUCCGCUCCCUGCAUGCAUCCCGCCUGGUUCCCCUGGGGCCCCUGGCAGUCCCCGGCGUGUCCCAGUACCUUCCCUGCUCCCUGCCUCUUCUCCAGAGCUGGUCGGCCAUUCAGGUGUCCCUGGGGCAGAGGGUGGUGCAGAGGGUCCAAGUGAGCACACCAUCAGGAAGAAAGCCUCCCCCCCAGUUCCACCACGGUGUGCCACUUCCCUGGCAGCUUAAUAGCCACACCCUGGACCCUUCUGGGGAGAGCCAGUAUGGCAGGCUGGAAGUGGACUGGGUCAGGGGGCCCCUGAAAGUGCUACCACGAAGCCAAGAGGAAAAGCUGAGGCUCCCUCCGAUCAGCUUCAAGUAUCACCCUACAUAAACACCAGGGGGCAGUAUGGGACUUGGAGUUCUCCUGUCUUGGAUCGUAUUUUUUUUGUCAGGCAAUAACUAUUUGAUAAUUGUGUAAUAACUGUGCCUCAAUUGUACACACUUGAAAGCACACUUGUUUUAUGUAAUAAUAAAAUGGAAUG